AUGCAGAACAGGGAGGCUAUGAGCCCGCAGGACUCCAAGGCAGCAGGGGCAGAGGCCAUGGAGGGUAACAAGGCCCAGAGCCCCAGUCAGGGGUCUAUGGAGCCCACGGCGCCGCCCGUCCCUCCUCCUUCGCCGCCGCCAACGGGACCGCCGGAAUAUCCACGGCCGAGGCUGAUUUUCCACACUCAACUGGCGCACGGAAGCCCGACAGGCCGGAUCCAUGGGUUCACUAAUGUCAAGGAGCUGUACGCCAAGAUUGCUGAGGUUUUCAACAUCUCUCCAUCGGAGAUCCUCUUCUGCACCCUCAACUCCCACAAAGUGGACAUGCAGAAGCUACUAGGGGGGCAGAUUGGACUGGAAGACUUUAUCUUUGCUCAUGUCCGGGGGGAGACUAAAGAGGUGGAGGUGACAAAGACAGAGGACGCUUUGGGCCUCACCAUCACAGACAACGGUGCCGGAUAUGCAUUCAUAAAGAGGAUCAAGGAAGGGAGCACCAUAGAUCGACUGAAGGCAGUGUGUGUCGGGGAUCACAUCGAGGCCAUCAAUGACCAGAGCAUUGUGGGAUGUCGACAUUACGAAGUGGCCAAGAUGCUGAAAGAGCAACCAAGAGGAAUUCCUUUCACUCUUCGACUGGUCGGACCCAAGAGGGCCUUCGACAUGAUUGGAAUGAGGACCAAAGCGCCGAAGUCUAAUGAAGGCAAGAUGGUCAAUGGAAGGGAGACUUUGCGUCUCCGUUCAAAAGGUUCCGCUACCGUUCAGGAAGUGCAGAGUGAGUUUGAAGAACAAGCCACCAUGAGAGUGGACGACCUUCUGGAGAGCUACAUGGGCAUCCGAGAUUUAGAGCUCGCAACCACCAUUGUUGAGGCCGGCAGAGACAAGAAGAACCCUGAUGACUUUGCAGAAGCCCUGGACUCGGUCCUGGGAGACUUUGCUUUUCCUGACGUGUUUUUAUUCGAUGUCUGGGGAGCAAUUGGAGACGUCAAGAAUGGUAGAAUCUAG